AUGGAUGAGCUUUUCGAUGUGUUCGAUCAGCCUCAGGCGAUCAAGCCAUCUGACGCGCCUAGACGGCCGAAGAAGGACAAGAGCAAGAAGCGUCAGGUCAACGGCGAUGUGAAGGGAAACGGUACAGCGAAGGAGGAUGAAGAUACGAUUAUUACAGAUGUGCCUCCCACCGAGGAUGCUGACGAUGAUGUUGCGGAGCCUGCCGUGAUUGAAGAUCCUACCGCCGAAACCAGCAAGAAUGAACAGCCCGAAUCGAAGCGGCCGCGACUCGAGAACGAACCGGAACCCGUUGUACUGGACUCUUUCGAGACAGCGCAGGAACGUGAAUUGGAGGCAUCUGCUGGCCUCCAGGCCACUCAGGAUAAAGCACCAGUCAAGCUGUCACAUCAAGUCCGGCACCAGGUCGCCAUUCCGCCAGGCUAUCCGUACGUCCCUAUUUCGCAACACAAGCCGCCGGAGAACCCCGCCAAAGUGUGGCCUUUUACGCUCGAUCCUUUCCAGGAAGUCGCCGUGUCGUCAAUUCAGAGAGAGGAGAGUGUCCUUGUGUCCGCCCACACUAGUGCAGGAAAAACCGUCGUCGCAGAGUAUGCCAUUGCGCAGUGUUUGAAGAACAACCAAAGAGUCAUCUAUACCAGUCCCAUCAAGGCGCUUAGCAACCAGAAGUAUCGGGAGUUUGCAGCGGAAUUUGGAGACGCUGGUCUCAUGACGGGUGAUGUUACAAUCAACCCUACUGCGACAUGCCUUGUCAUGACAACAGAGAUCCUUCGAUCAAUGUUGUACCGUGGCUCCGAAAUCAUGCGUGAAGUCGGGUGGGUUAUUUUUGACGAAAUCCACUAUAUGCGCGAUGCGACUCGUGGUGUUGUUUGGGAAGAAACUAUCAUUCUCUUGCCGGAUCAGGUCCGAUACGUCUUCCUCUCUGCGACUAUUCCGAAUGCUAUGCAAUUCGCCGAAUGGGUUACGAAAAUGCACAACCAACCAUGUCACGUCGUAUAUACAGACUUUCGUCCGACGCCACUUCAGCACUAUUUCCAUCCUGCUGGGGCUGAAGGUAUUCACCUCAUUGUUGAUGAAAAGGGAGUCUUCCGCGAGGAGAACUUCCAAAAGGCAAUGAGCGCCAUCUCAGAUAAGAAAGGCGAUGAUCCUGCGAAUGCCAUGGCUAAAAGAAAGGGCAAGGGCAAGGAUAAGAAGUUGAAUAAGGGUGGCACCCAAGAGCAAAACGACAUUCAGAAGAUUAUCAGGAUGAUUAUGUUCAAGAAUCUCAACCCGGUUAUUGUUUUCAGUUUCAGCAAGCGCGAGUGUGAGAAUGGUGCACUUCAGUUGAAGAAGUUGUCGUUCAACGACGAUUCAGAAAAGGAGAUGGUAAGCAAGGUCUUCAACAGCGCCAUCGAGAUGCUGUCUGAAGACGAUCGGAACCUCCCGCAAAUUCAAAACAUCCUGCCACUGCUCCGGAGGGGUAUUGGCGUUCAUCACUCCGGUCUCCUUCCGAUUCUUAAAGAAACCAUUGAAAUUCUUUUCCAAGAGGGUCUCAUCAAAGUUUUGUUCGCCACUGAGACGUUCUCCAUUGGUCUGAACAUGCCUGCGAAAACUGUGGUGUUUACUAGCGUCCGGAAGUUCGACGGAUUUAGCCAACGUUGGUUGACGCCUUCAGAAUUCGUCCAGAUGUCGGGUCGUGCUGGAAGAAGAGGUCUCGAUGACCGUGGUAUCGUUAUCAUGAUGAUAGGAGAGGAAAUGGACCCGGCGGUGGCCAAGGAGAUCGUCCGCGGUGAACAGGACAGGCUCAACUCGGCUUUUCACUUGGGCUACAACAUGGUUCUCAACUUGAUGCGUGUCGAAGGUAUCUCACCGGAAUUCAUGCUCGAAAGAUGUUUCUUCCAGUUUCAAAACACUGCGAAUGUUUCGCAUCUUGAGAAGCAGCUUCUUGAAUUGAACGAACAGCAUGCCAACAUGAAGAUCUCGGAUGAAGGAACCAUUCGGGAGUACUACGAGACGAGGGACCAUAUCGACAGGCUUACAGAUGACGUGAAAUACGUUAUGAUGCAUCCGAACUACUGCCUGCCAUACUUCCAGCCCGGCCGCUUCAUCCAGAUCAAGCACAAGAACCUUGAUUUCGGCUGGGGCGUCCUCGUGAAUUACAAGGAGCGCAAGCAAUUCAAGAAACCCGAAGAGAUUCCCGAUAAUCAGAGAUAUAUCGUCGACGUUUUAUUAAACGUUUCUGAUGGGACGUCUGUUGGCACCAAGACUUACGAGGAUCUGCCGUCCGGCGUCUACCCUCCAAAAGAUGGCGAAAAAGGCAAAAUGGAGGUUGUGCCGGUCAUGCUCUCCUGUGUCAACGCCAUUUCGCACAUCCGGGUUCACCUACCGAAGGACUUGAAGUCGGCGGACUCGAGGAGCAGCGUAAAGAAGGUCAUCGGCGAGGUUCAAAGACGGUUCCCUGACGGAGUUGCUCUUAUCGACCCACUCGAAGACAUGCAGAUAAAGGACGAGAGCCUCAAGAAGAAUCUAAGGAAAAUCGAAGUUCUCGAAUCCCGUCUCCUUUCGAACCCCCUGCAUAAUUCGCCACGGUUGCCAGAACUGUAUGAGCAAUACUCCAAGAAGGUGGAGUUGGGUGAUCAGGUCAAGGACACCAAGAAUAAGAUCAAGGACGCCAUGGCCAUCAUGCAGCUUGAAGAACUCAAGUGUCGCAGACGGGUGCUCCGUCGAUUCGGAUUCCUCAACGAAGCGGAUGUCGUUCAGCUGAAGGCACGUGUGGCGUGUGAAAUCAGUACGGGUGAUGAACUGAUGCUCAGUGAGCUUCUAUUCAACGGUUUCUUCAACAACCUUACGCCAGAACAAAUCGCGGCAAUUAUCAGUGUGUUCGUGUUUGAGGAGAAAUCGAAGGAGACCCCCGCCCUGACACGGGACGAACUUGCCAAACCCCUCAGGGAAAUCCAAAAUCAGGCCCGCACCGUCGCUAAGGUCUCUCAAGAAUCAAAGCUGGCAGUAAACGAGGACGAAUAUGUGAACAGUUUCCACUGGGAGCUUAUGGAAGUCGUUUACGAGUGGGCCAACGGCAAAUCGUUCUUUGAAAUCUGCAAAAUGACCGACGUCUACGAAGGUAGUUUAAUCCGUGUUUUCCGGCGAUUGGAAGAGUGUUUGCGACAGAUGGCACAGGCUGCCAAGGUUAUGGGCAGCGAAGAGCUGGAGGGUAAAUUUGAGGAGGCGCUGACCAAGGUGCGCCGGGACAUUGUUGCAGCUCAAUCUUUGUAUCUGUAG